AUGGAAUCGAAACUUAAUGAAUUUGAAAUUUUGAAUAAAUUAGGUGAGGGUAGUUUUGGAUAAGUGUAUAAAGUAAGACGUAAAGCUGAUAAGUAAACAUAUGUCAUGAAAUAAAUCAACAUUUCAAAAAUGAAUGCUAGAAUGAAAAAUGAAGCUUUAAAUGAAGCAAGUAUCUUAGCUAAAUUAGACAGUUCAUAUAUUGUGAAAUAUUAUGAAUCAUUUAUAGAUAAGUAAUUACUAUGUAUAGUAAUGGAAUUUUGUGAAGGAGGAGAUUUACAUAAACUAUUAAAAAUGCAAAUGGGAAGACCAUUACCAGAAAAUUAAGUAUGGAGAUUUUUUAUUUAAAUAACAUUGGGAUUGGCAUUCCUUCAUAAAAAUAAAGUUCUACAUAGAGAUAUUAAAUCAAUGAAUAUAUUUCUAUCCAAAGAUUAAGUUAGGAUUGGAGACCUUGGAGUAGCUAAACUAUUAAAUGAUUAAAAUAACUUUGCAAAUACAAUGGUAGGAACUCCAUAUUACUUAUCACCAGAAAUGUGUGAAGAGAAACCUUAUAAUGAGAAAAGUGAUAUUUGGGCUUUAGGUUGUGUAAUAUAUGAAUUAUGCACUUUUAAACAUCCAUUUGAAGCCAAUAGUCAAGGAGCUCUUGUACUUAAAAUAAUAAGAGGGAGAUAUGAGCCAAUUGGAUAAAUGUAUUCAUAAUCAUUAGCAUAAUUGAUAGAUUAAUGUUUGUAAAAAGAUUAUAGAUAAAGACCUGAUGCAUUUAAAUUAUUAUAAUAAUCAAGUAAUUAUAAAUAUCACAUUAGACAGGUCUGAUUUAAUAAGCUUAAAACUUAAGAAUGCAAUUAAACUUAAAUUAACCUCAUCCAAAUUCAAAAUAAACAUCAUAAAUCUAACCAAUAUAAACUCCUGUAAUCAGCAAACCUAAAGAAAUAUAACCACCUUUAGCUACACCUGUUCCAGUAUCUAUAAAAAGUACUCCUCAAGGAAAACCUUUAAAAACAAAAGCUCCUCAAUCUUCUUAAAAUUUGUAAAUAGAAAUAAAAGGAAAAUAAGAGGCUGUUAAAGAUACUCCAAUUGUUUAAAAAAAAAUAGUAUAAAUUCCACCUUCAUCUGCUCCUAAUCAAGUUCCAAAUUAAAAAAAUGAUGAUUUUUAUAAGGAUUGGAGAGAUAAGGUUUCUGAAUUGCAAAAAUAAAAAUAAGAUGAUCGAAUUAUAGUUUCUAGACCUGAAUUAUUAAAAGCAGAAUUUCAGCCUAAUAAAAUUCCUAUAAAUUCGUCUUAAUCUAAUAAUAAUCAAUCCAAUUAAUAAUAAAAUAUUUUCUCAAGUUAAUAAGUAUAACCUACUAAGAAACCUGUUUUAUAAGUAAAAGCUAAGGUUUCAAAUCCUAAUUUAGAAGAAGUUGAUAAAAAAAGAGUACGAAAAGGUGCUCCUAAAGAACCUGCAAGAUAAGUCAAAGAACCUUUAAGAAAGGCUGAUAAUAUUGAAAUUAUAAAAGAAACACCAAAAUAAAAUAAAACUAAAGGUACAAAAUAAUAAACUUGUUCAUAAGAAGAAGUUGAUAUGGUAAUGAAUUUACCUGAAUUUGUUGCUAAAGAAGAAAGUAAUAUAAAAGUAUUUCAACCAGAAAAAGAAAUUAUAGAUAUAACUUCAUUUGCUGAUGAGAUUCCAACAACUUUUGUUGAAUCUCAAGAUGAUAUGGAAUCUAAUAAUUAUGUACAAUUUAGAUCAGAAUCAAAUACAGUAAAUAAAUAGGAUAGUUAAAAUAAUGAUGAAAAUUAAUAGGAUUCAGACAAAGGAGUAAUUAUGAUUAUUAAAUUACUAGGCUUAUACAGACCCAGAGGAUUGUGAAUAUGAAAAUGAUGAAUAAGAAAAGGAUGAUACUGCUGAUUAUGGAGAUGAAAUACCUAUUUAAAAUAGAAACAUUCAAACAAUUUAAGAAGAACCUUUUGAAGAUACAAAUUAAUGCAAUCAAUUUAUUGAACUCUGUAUUGAUAAUAAGAAAAUGGAUUUAAAUAAAUAAAUGUUGGAAGCUGAAUAAAGAAAAAUGGAAUUAGAUUAGUUCUUAUAAAUUAAAAGAAAAGAAUGUAUUCAGGAUUUAGGAUAAAAACUUUUUGAAGAAGUAAUCAAUUUCUUAAGGUCUAAAUUAAAUGUAAAUUUUUAUAAAGAUUCUUUAGUCUUAAGAAGAGUUAAAUGAUAAAGAUUAAGAAGAAAUAGAUGACUUGAUUCAAAAUAAGUUACUUAAUACAAAAAAUCCAUAAAUUAUUUAUGUAAUAUACAAAAUUUUACAUUUUGAAAUAGAAAUCACAAAGAGUAUUGAUAAAAUUAAGGAUCUAUCUGAAUAAUUAAUUAACUUAUGA